UUGGGUCAUCACCAUCAUCCACUCCAAGAAACCAGCAACCUACAUCAAGCUCAAGUGAAGUGAGCUGACCAGAAUAUAUCAAUCACAAAGCCUGAAGAACAACAGCAUACAGGCUAGCCACCAAUUCGCUCGAUCUCCAAUGGCGGAAAGAGUGACGAAGCUGGCGUCGCAGCGGGCGGUGGUGAUCUUCGGGGUGAGCAACUGCUGCAUGUGCCACGCGGUGAAGACGCUCUUCACGGAGCUGGGCGUGAGCUGGGUGGUGCACGAGCUGGACAAGGACCCCCGCGGGAAGGACGUCGAGAGGGCGCUCGCCGGCAUGGUCGGACGGAGCCCGCCCGUGCCUGCGGUCUUCAUCGGCGGCAGGCUCGUCGGCCCCACCGACAAGGUCAUGACGCUGCACCUCAGUGGCCAGCUGGUGCCGCUCCUCCGCCAGGCCGGCGCCCUUUGGCUCUGAACUGAAGAGUCAGGGACAGCAGUGGGCAGUGGCUGUGCGUGCGUGCAGUUAUGUGUGAUCGCUAGGGAUCAUAUAGUGCGUGCAGUGCGGCUACAUAAUUUUGGAAAGGUCAUCAAACAUA